AUGAUGGAUGACAAGAGAUCUAAGAUACUUGUUCUGGUGCUGGUGAUAGCUCUCAUCUCCUUGAUUACUGUAUCUGCGUUAUACCUUGGACGCACCUGGGAGUUCUUUUGUGUAUUUGGUGCAUGUAUUAUAGUUAUCUUUGCCAUCUUCAUAUGGCUAAUCAGAAGACGAUCCAAGGGAUCGGCUCAUAUCUUGCCACAGAAACAUGUGAUGUCAAGGGAACUAUCAGUCCCCUGCAGCUUCCUGCGAAAAGUGGCAGGUGUUCCUACAAAGUUUCGACAGAAAGAGCUUGAGUUGGCGACUGAUAACUUCAAUGCUCUGAUUGGUCGAGGAGCAUCAGGGAGCGUUUUCAAAGGAAUCUUAGGUGAUGGUACAUGUGUUGCUGUGAAACGGAUAGAAAGUCAGGAACGUGGGGAGAAGGAAUUUCUGUCAGAAGUUGGAGCAAUUGGAAGUAUACAACACAUUAACUUAGUAAGAUUAUAUGGUUAUUGUAUUGUUACUGGGGGGCCAAGGUUUCUUAUUUAUGAAUUCGUUCAAAAUGGAUCCUUGGAUGGUUGGAUUUUUUCGAGGAGAGACAAGAGAAACCGACCAGGGGGUAUUCUUCCUUGGCACCUAAGGUAUGCUGUUGCCAUCGAUGUGGCUAAGGCUCUUUCUUACUUGCACCAUGAUUGUCGGUCAAAGAUAUUGCAUCUUGAUGUAAAACCCGAGAAUAUACUGCUCGAUGACAAUUACCGAGCAGUUGUGUCAGAUUUUGGGCUAGCUAAGUUGAUGGGACGAGAUGAGAGCAGGAUUAUUACUAAUAUUCGCGGGACUAAAGGGUAUUUGGCACCCGAAUGGCUUUUAGAAAAUGGGAUUUCCUCAAAAUCUGACGUUUAUAGCUAUGGAAUGGUGCUUCUUGAAAUGAUUGGAGGAAGGAGAAGUGUGCGCGUUCUUGAUGAUAGCAAGGAUCGAUCCUCUAGGAAAUACGAAUAUUUUCCAAAGAUUGUGAUGGAAAAUUUAAAACAAGGAAAAUUUUUGUCAGUGGUUGAUCAAAGACUAUUGGAAGGAAGGCCACGCAUUGAUGAAAGACAGGUUAAGAAAUUGGUGUACAUUGCGUUAUGGUGCAUUCAAGAGAAGCCUCGGCGUAGGCCUACCAUGGCUCAGGUGGUUGAUAUGCUUGAAGGACACUUACGAGUGGACGAGCCCCCCGAAACUGAAAUGAUCAUUGUUGAUCUGCUAUCCAUUGACAAGGAUAAAGGCCCUGGAAAGGGCAGGCUAAAAGCUACAGGAGUAGUUUUAUCAGAUUGCAAUACAGUUGCAAGUUCAUCAGGUUUUGAGCAUGGUACACUUUUGUCAGGCCGAUAAUUAAUCAGAUAUUGCACAAACCUGAUACAUUUGCAGCUAAAAGAGGUAACACUGUUGAGAUGGUGCUGUUUCAGGAUAGCGUUAAAUUUGCUCGAUCCGGCCCUGAGAACUCCAGGGUGAAUCUCCUCCAUUUGGAACAGUUGGAGCCUAUUUUUUUACCCUUUCCUUUGACAUAUUGAUUCAUUAUUGUUUAGUAUAUUGGUUGAUAUAUAUUCUUUCGUCGUUUGCUUUGUAAAUUUAGAUUGAAAAAGGGUUAAAAGGUGAUAAGUUCACCAGUAAACAUGAGAGGAUUUAGUGUGAGACACAUACCAAGUAAAUAUACCAAAUUAUUCCCUCACAUGUUUAUCAUCAAACAGUUUUCCAUUUAGCCUCAUUAGAUUUUAUUCAAGUGAAAUACUAUAGCUAUGUAAGUCUCUUAACAUUGAUGAAAAGUUUGACAUAACCUGAUGUAAUAUGACUAGACCCUUUUA